GUCUAGGGCAAGAGGAGGAAGCGGAUCGGGUGGUCAGAGACUGAGUGCGGGAGGUGCUUUCUCCUCAGAAGCGCCCCUGCCGCCUCAGUCCAGCGGCAGGAGCCUCCCAAAGGGAUGAGAGAACCGGCGCCUCUGGUGUAGGUCGGGCCGCAGUGUUGGGAAGCCAGGAGCCGCGGAGGGAAACAUGCUGCAGCGGAAACAGAGGGCGGCGAGUGGGGAGGAGAUUUCAAAUCAGACCAUGUUGCCUCUAGCCAAAGAUUUGCAUUGCUUGCAAUAACACCGAGCCUGGGAAUUUUAUUUUAUGUAUUUUUUUAAAAGGGGGGCAAGAACACGAGCAUUAGGGGGGAAAAAAAGGACUGUUGCAGGAGAGGGAGCAAGCCGGCACCAGCCGCAGUGAGUGUUUCUGAAGAGGGAUCUUUCAUCUUUUCCUGACACUAUUGGGCCGCUCGGGAUGAUUGGAUUUAGCAGAGCUUCCCCCCUGUGGUGGUUGAAGUUGCAGGCUUGGAAGGUUCUGUUGAAGGAGGCAUGGCAUGGAGCUGGAUGCUGCUUUUAUAAGAUCUUAGACGUAGAGAAGUUGACUUCAAGACACAGUGAAAAUGUCGGGCUCCACCAGGGAGCAUGUGCCUUUUGUGCGACGCAGGAACCCUCAACUCCGCUACACCCUGAGUCCUGAAAACUUGCAAAGCUUGGCUUCUCAGAGUGCCAGGUCGGAGAGCUUGAAUUUCCACAGAGCAAACAGUGACACAGAUUUGGUGACUUCGGAUAGCCGCUCCAGUCUGACAGCUAGCAUGUAUGAAUACACACUUGGACAAGCACAGAACCUGAUUAUUUACUGGGAUAUUAAAGAAGAGGUGGACCCCACAGACUGGAUUGGACUCUAUCAUAUAGAUGAGAUUUCCCCAGGAAAUGUUUGGGACUCCAAAAAUCGGGGUGUAAAUGGAACGCAGAAAGGGCAGAUUGUUUGGCGGAUUGAACCCGGGUCAUACUUUAUGGAGGCUGAAACUAAAAUCUGCUUUAAAUACUAUCACGGUGUAAGUGGAGCACUGCGAGCCACCACCCCAUGCAUUACAGUAAAAAAUCCAGCUACUAUGGCUGGAGCAGAUGAAUUAGGAGAAGGUGGAUUAGAUGGUCAGAACAGCCGAAAACUUGUAAGAUUCACAUUAUCGGAUAUCAGAGCUGUAGGGCUCAAGAAGGGAAUGUUUUUCAAUCCGGAUCCAUAUUUAAAGAUGUCCAUUCAGCCUGGGAAGAAGAGUACUUUCCCUACUUUUGCUCAUCAUGGACAAGAGAAAAGGUCGACAAUAGUGGCGAACACAACAAACCCUAUUUGGCAAGGAGAGAAAUAUUCUUUUGUAGCCCUUCUCACAGAUGUACUUGAAAUUGAUGUUAAAGACAAGUUUGCCAAGAGUCGUCCUAUCAUAAAGCGCUUCCUGGGCAAACUAACCAUACCAGUUCAGCGUCUGUUGGAGAGACAUGCAAUAGGUGACCAGAUUGUAAACUACAACCUGUGCAGAAGACUUCCUACUGACCAUGUCAGUGGUCAGCUGCAGUUCAGAGUGGAGCUCUCAUCAUCUAUUCAUGAAGAUGCUUCUCCUGAGACUUUGGGUGCUUAUCUUGGAGCAAGUGCUGAAAAUGGAGAUUUAGGCAGCCCAUCUGAUGAUGAAGAUUUGCCAGAUCCAUUAGCAUCAGCAGUACAUCCUGACCAGAUGCAAGUUUUUGUGAAUGGACCUCUACAGAAUGAAAGUGGGGCAGUGCCCAUUCCAAGUGCAACCAGUGAAAUUGGAAGUAUUGACAGUAAAGCUGCAGCACAUGGUGAACCUUCAGUAACAAGACCAUCCCCAGCAAGACAUUCAACCUAUCGCCAAGAAUCAUUGAAUGAUUAUCUUGAUACAGUUGAUAGUAAUGAAAGUACAAAGCCAAGUUUGGCUGAAGCUCACCUGCAUCAAGUUGGAGCAUCUCCCAAACUGAGAAGCAGUUUCCCAACCGACACUAGAUUGAAUGCAAUGCUUCAUAUAGACUCUGAUGAAGAAGAUCAUGACCUGCAUCAAGAAUUGGCUUAUGGAUUCCAGUUAGUAAGAGAAAGUGAGGAAAAUGGUAUACAGUUUAACUGUCCUUCUGGUGACGUUGGUAAUGAGGACAAUCAACAAAACAGAAAUGGAGGUCAACUUCAUUUUGGACUGCCUUCUGACUCUCAGAUAAAUCUAAUAGAAACUGAAGAGGUAUUAGCCUCGGAUGAAGCAUGUGAACAGUUAUCAGGCUUUCCCUACAAGAAUUUUCAUCAACUGCUAUGUAACCUUUCUUCAACGGCACUGGUUGGAGAUGAAGAAGAACAGGACAAUCAUGAAUUACAGAGUAAUGAUAAUAUUGUGACCAGUACCUGCCAAGGAGAUGAACAAAUUUCAGAGCCUUCCAGGACUACAGUUGAUCAAACUGCUGAUGUUGGAAACAGUGCAGAGAGAUUGCUCACACAAACAGAAUCAGUUGAUCAAACAUCAGAACGUUCCCAACUGUCAUCAGAGAAUGAACAAAGUGAUACAACCCGCACUGAGAGUGUAAGUGAGGCCAGCACUCGGCCAGAGGGAGAGAGUGAUGUGGAAGGUGCUGACAGCUCAUGCAAUGGAAGUGGCAACACAACAAGGGUAUCUUCAUCUGUAGAAAGCACCACACGAUUUUCCUCUUUCGAAAGUGCCAGGUUCUCCGAAACUCCAGCAUUCUCUUCACAGGAUGAGGAAGAUGGUGCCUGUCCGGCUGACUUAGUGGCUGACGCUCAUGCAAAAAACCAAGAUUCUGAAGGUAUUACAGAUGUUCCAGAGAGUGAAGAAACUGAAAAUAAUGAGGCACAGCAACAGGAGCCAGCACCUAUUGAGCUGGAUGCAUUACCUUCUGUACCUGAAACAGAAGAAAUUUGGCAGAGGAGGAGAAGUUUGCAGGCAGCAGCAGCCACAACAGGUGACCUAUCACAGGAAGAAGAAGCCAGACUUGCCCAAGUGACUCCAGAGGAGGAAAGUGAAGCGACAGCAGAGGCUGAAGGUGAUACUCCAGAUUCUCCAUCAAGCACCCACCAGCCUUUGAGAUCCUUACCCUCAGUGCGGCAAGACGUGACUCGUUAUCAGCGUAUUGAUGAACCGCUACCACCAAAUUGGGAAGCUCGGAUUGAUAGCCAUGGCCGGAUCUUUUACGUAGACCACGUGAACAGGACGACCACUUGGCAAAGACCCACAACUCCUGCCUGUCAACAAAUUGUUCAGCGUUCCAAUUCAAUCCAACAGAUGGAGCAACUUAAUAGAAGGUAUCAGAGUAUUCGCCGAACAAUGACAAGUGAGAGGUCGGAGGACACUGGCCAAGCCAGUGGUAUUGACCCAGGAACUGGAGAUGAAAGUCAUUUUGCUCAUUUUAGUUCAGAUUUCAGAAGAGAGCCCACACUCUCUCACUCUGCCUCCCGCUCCAGGAUGAAUUUGCUACUGCAGUCUCCUCCUGUCAAAUUCUUCACCAGUCCAGAGUUCUUCACAGUGCUACAUUCAAACCCUUGUGCCUAUCGAAUGUUUACAACCAACACAUGCUUGAAACACAUGAUCACCAAAGUGAGGCGGGACGCCCAUAACUUUGAGCGCUAUCAGCAUAAUCGAGAUCUGGUCUCAUUCCUGAACUUAUUUGCUAAUAAACAGCUGGAACUUCCAAGAGGAUGGGAAAUGAAGCAUGACCAUCAAGGAAAGCCCUUUUUUGUUGAUCACAAUUCCCGUAGCACCACUUUCAUAGACCCACGACUCCCUCUUCAAACUGCUAGGCCCUCAAUCGCAUUAGUUCAUCGGCAGCACUUGCAAAGGCAGCGCAGCCACAGUGCUGGUGAGGUGGCAGAUGACUCUCGUCAUGCAGGCCCCCCAGUUAUUCCAAGGCCAUCCAGCACUUUUGGCACCAUUAGUCGAAACCACAAUCAGGACCUGGUACCAGUGGCUUACAAUGAUAAAAUUGUAGCAUUUCUGCGUCAACCAAACAUCUUUGAAAUUCUUCAAGAGCGCCAGCCAGACCUUAUCAGGAAUCACUCACUCAGGGAGAAGGUUCAGUUUAUCAGAAGCGAGGGAACGAGUGGAUUGGGGCGCUUAUCCAGUGAUGCAGACCUUGUUAUGCUGUUAAGUUUGUUUGAAGAUGAGAUUAUGUCCUAUGUGCCACCACAUGCCUUACUUCAUCCCAGUUAUUGCCAGUCUCCACGUGGUUCCCCUGUAUCAUCACCUCAGAACUCCCCAGGUACCCAACGUGCCAAUGCUCGGGCUCCAGCUCCUUAUAAGAGGGACUUUGAAGCUAAACUCAGAAACUUCUAUAGAAAACUGGAAACAAAGGGCUAUGGACAAGGACCAGGAAAGUUAAAGUUGAUCAUCAGAAGAGAUCACUUGCUUGAAGAUGCAUUCAACCAGAUUAUGGGAUGUUCCAGGAAAGAUCUUCAAAGAAAUAAGCUCUAUGUUACGUUUGUUGGGGAGGAAGGGUUGGAUUACAGUGGCCCCUCUCGGGAGUUCUUCUUCCUAGUCUCCAGAGAACUCUUCAAUCCAUAUUAUGGCUUAUUUGAAUAUUCUGCUAAUGACACUUAUACAGUGCAGAUUAGCCCUAUGUCUGCAUUUGUAGACAACCACCAUGAAUGGUUCAGAUUCAGUGGUCGGAUCCUUGGUCUUGCUCUUAUCCACCAAUAUCUGCUUGAUGCCUUUUUCACCCGACCAUUUUACAAGGGCCUCCUUAGAAUAUCCUGUGAUCUGAGUGACCUGGAAUAUUUGGAUGAGGAAUUUCAUCAGAGUCUGCAGUGGAUGAAAGACAAUGACAUCAAUGAUAUUUUAGACCUAACAUUUACUGUGAAUGAAGAGGUCUUUGGUCAGAUUACAGAGAGAGAGCUAAAGCCAGGUGGAGCAAACAUCCCUGUUGUAGAAAAAAACAAGAAAGAAUAUAUUGAAAAGAUGGUAAAAUGGCGCAUUGAGAGGGGUGUUGUGCAACAAACGGAAAGUUUAGUCCGUGGCUUCUAUGAGGUGGUGGACGCUCGGCUUGUUUCUGUGUUUGAUGCACGAGAAUUAGAACUAGUAAUUGCUGGCACAGCGGAGAUUGAUUUAAGUGACUGGCGAAACAAUACAGAGUACAGAGGAGGGUACCAUGACAAUCAUAUAGUGAUCAGGUGGUUUUGGGCUGCAGUGGAAAGGUUCAACAAUGAGCAGAGACUAAGAUUGUUACAGUUUGUCACGGGUACCUCAAGUAUACCCUAUGAAGGUUUUGCAUCGCUACGUGGCAGCAAUGGACCCCGAAGAUUUUGUAUUGAAAAAUGGGGUAAAAUUACCUCACUUCCAAGGGCUCAUACCUGUUUCAACCGGCUAGAUCUCCCCCCAUACCCAUCCUUUUCUAUGUUGUAUGAGAAGAUGUUGACUGCUGUGGAAGAGACAAGCACUUUUGGAUUGGAGUAACAAGUUGUGCUGAAAUGUAAGCACAUUUCUUCUACUGGAUCUUUUCUCAUGGACUUUCUGGUAGUGAGGCGUGUGAUGGCGGCAACAGACUGAUUUUGCUGAAUUCCUUGCGGGAUUUGAAUUAACGAAGGAUUGGCCUUCAUAGACUUACAGGACCUACUGAUGAGUUAGAAAGCAUGCAGGAGAUGAAGCAAAAUUACUGGAUGCAGACAAUCAUUGUACACAUUCUGCUGAAUGAUUGUGUGUCUGAUAUGAGAAAUGAAGAAACCAAAAACCUUGCACAGUGGUCAGCUCAUACACAAUAGUUGGCUACUUGUGUCAACUACAAAAAUACUAAAUAUGCUUUUGUAAAGAAAAGCAGUUGAGAAACGACCAAGGCUUGCACAGAGAUAGGUCAAUACUACUUUGGAAUGACUGUGAAAAUACUAUGACAAUGGACGAUUCCUUUUUUUCAUGGAGUUUAUUUCAAACCUGAAGAGUGAGGUUUAUGUCUUUUUUUAAACUCAGUGGUAUAUCUGUAUCAUCUAAAGCUCCAAGCUGAAAACAAAUGAAUGUGUUAAUGAAAUAAUGGUCAUUAUAUACCUGUUAUUGCAUGGUAUACAAUCACAAAAUAUGGAAAUGUCUAGAAUUACAUUGUCGUUAUGGCACAGUAAAAAUGUCAACAGUUGUGAAAUUCACUUUUAUUUAAUCUUUGUAAUAGAUUCUAUACAAGUACUAUAUAAUCUUUAAACUAUCCAAGCCUUGUUGGAGGGAGAUGUCUGGCAGUUCACUCUUUGUGCUUGUUCUAAAUUUGUUUAGGUUAUUUGCUCCAGGACAUCCAAAGGAUUGAUGCCUUUUUUUAUUUUAUACAAAUCAAGUUUUCAGUAACGGGAAAAAAAUAUUUUUUAAAAAUUGCACUGAAUGUACCAAAGUAAAAAGGGGAAAAACUGCACCAUUCACAUAAAGUCGGUACGAUGGUAUAAUCAUAUGCAGAAUUAAAGGAACCAUUUCUCAAAACCCUUCUUACAAUAUUAUGUCUUGAGUAAUAGGACUGCAUAAAAAAUGUCUUAGCAUGUUCUUAAAAAAAAAUUACUUCCCUCUUGAACAAGGUAGAAUAAAUUUACAGUAGAUCAGAAAUAUCUGCUCUAUGCAAACUUAAAUCUUGUUAACAGCAUUUUUCUUGAUAAGAAAAUUGGGUUCAAUUUACUAUAAGACAGAGUAUUUUCACAGUACUUGAGUGAGGGCAGUCGAAAACUUUUUUAACUAAGGAAAUGUUAUUUUAUAUAUUGAAUGGUACGCGAAUAACAGUGAUUAAGACACUUACAUGAAAAUACAUUGAUUUUGGAGCUAUAAGUGAAAAUUCACUGAUGUAAAAAUACUCUGUUUUCUAGUAUUUACUGUCCAUGUAAAAUUUCAGUUCUUUUACUGCUAACAAUUGAAAAGAGAACAUACACAAUUAACGUGCGUGACUUCAGAUCAAUAGUGCUCAAAUAAAUUUUAAAAUGAACUGAACGCACAUUCUCUGAUUAAUCUGCUACAGCUCAAAGCCUCACAUUAAGCAUUGCAAUCAUCUGAAGAAAAAUGAAUUCUAGUCUACAAGAUUAAAAACUAGCUUUUACAGUUAUAUUGUUUUAACCACUGUGUGAUUGCUAACUUGCCUAGGUCCACAUUCUAGCUCUUCUGGGUACAAAGCUUGAACUCCUAUAUCUCUAUUACCCAAUGACACCUUAGCACAUUAUGCAAUGGACCAUGUGGACAAUAGUAAUCAAACCAGUUCAAUUUUUUGAUUUGGAUAUUGUAUCAUCUUUUAAGUAUUUCUUGUCAAUAAACAGAAGUUUUAGUAACAUUUUUUUUUAAUUCACUGAUGCACGAGGUGUCCAUUGACUUAUUUGUUAUAUUGGAUAUGGUCGGUGCUGUAGUGUCCAUACACAUGCCUGAAUAAUGUAAGACAUUGCAUGGAUGUUAUACUUCUUUACAUGGGAAGAGAACAUUUAGUUCUGGUCAUGACAUAAACACUGACAUUUCUGGUACUCUUACCCUAUUUUAUAUGGUGUUUAAAAAAGUUCAAUUUCAUUUGACACAUAAUUUCACAUUAUAAAUGAAACACAUGUGGCUAAUAGGACACAAACCAUUAAAAUGUGCCAUAGCCGUAUUUACAAGUUAGUGUUCUGCUUCAUUUCACAGUUUGAAUCCAUCUAUUGGGAUUAUGCAGAAUUUUGUACACAAUUGCUAUGAAUUAUGCUGAAAAUACUUAAGAUUGUUAUGUUUUUGUCAACUAUGAUUUAAUGGAAACAAAAUGUUUUUAAUGUACCAAAAUAUGAAUUACUUUGUUUUAUUUUCAUAAUAAUGUAUAUAUUUUAUUUAAAACCAUGCUGCAUCAUUUAAAAUCAUUAAUUGGAAAUAAACAUUCAUAGAAACA